UGUUCCCAGUCUACUGUAAUUAAACUUUCUGAAACUUCGCGUCAGUCCGCUGUUGCUGCUCCGCCAGCACACGUUGUCAGUCUUCUCCACACUGCAGACUGGUUUCUAAGAUAUAUCACUAAUAAUAAUAACAACAAUAAUAACAAUGUACGGUAAUGACACUCUGCUGCUUUUCCUGACUUAUCUUCUCUUUUGCAUUGGAUUGAAGGCAACAUCAGUGCAAUCUGCCAUGUACGAGACAGAUGUGGUCGUGCCACAGGAGCUGCAGCCGGGUGAGAUGCACCUGCUUUCGGGAGGUAACAGGUGGAGCAGAGGCCGCAAACGCCGCUCGGACCCUCAGCAGGAGGACCAUCUGUUUCUGCGCCUUCCGGCUUUUGGUAAGGAGCUGUACUUGGAGCUCCAGAGAGAUGCCUCUUUCCUCACUGAGGGGUUUGUGACAGAGGAGAGGAGGGAGGAGGGCAGUGUUCAGCAUGAAUCUCUUCCAAAGGUCCGCCGGUGUUUCUAUACUGGAGCCAUUCUUAAUCACACGGACUCCUUCGUCUCGCUGGACACGUGUGGAGGACUGACUGGCUUGGUUCAGACUGCAGAGGAAAGACUGUUCAUCGAGCCAGUGGGCCAGGCCGCAGAUUCCUUCUCUGGCUGGGAGCACAGAGUGAUCCGGGAAAAGCAUUCUUCACCAGACGGACCUGCUCCCGCUGCAGACGGCAGAGAACAAUUCUGCCAAAGCAUCCACGGUGUAUAACAUGUUUCAGCACCAGAGUUUGGGUUUGAGGCUAAACAUCCGAGUCACCAAGCUGGUACUCCUGCACAACCGUCCAGAAAAGCUGAAGGUGGGUCAUCAUGGAGAAAAAGCCCUGGAGAGCUUCUGUCACUGGCAGCACGAGGAAUAUGGCGCCCGAUAUCUAGGAAACAAUCACGUUCCCGGCAGCAGAGAUGACCCUCCUCCUGUGGACGCGGCUGUGCUGGUCACCAGAACAGACUUCUGCGUCCACAAAGAUGAGCCUUGUGACACAGUUGGAAUCGCGUAUCUGGGCGGCACCUGUAGCUCCAAGAGGAAGUGUGUGCUGGCGGAGGACAACGGACUCAACCUGGCCUUCACCAUCGCUCAUGAGCUCGGACACAACAUGGGCAUGAGCCAUGAUGAUGAUCAUGCCAGCUGCACUGGCCACUCUCACAUCAUGUCUGGCGAAUGGGUGAAAGGGCGUAACCCCAGCGACCUCUCCUGGUCCACCUGCAGUCGGGAUGACCUGGAGAAGUUCCUCAGGUCUAAAGCCAGUGGUUGUUUGCUGCACACUGAUCCCCGUAACCGAUAUCUCGUCCGUCUGCCAGCCAAACUGCCCGGGAUGCACUACAGCGCUGAUGAGCAGUGCCAGAUCCUGUUCGGCACCAACGCCACUUUCUGCACUGAUAUGGAGCACCUGAUGUGCGCUGGUCUCUGGUGUUUAGUGGAAGGAGACACGUCAUGCAAGACCAAACUAGAUCCUCCGCUGGACGGCACAGAAUGCGGAGCUGAUAAGUGGUGCCGGGCCGGUGAGUGUGUCAGUAAGACGCCAAUCCCGCAGCAUGUGGAUGGAGACUGGAGUCCCUGGAGCACGUGGAGCAUGUGCAGCCGGACGUGUGGCACAGGAGCACGCUUUCGACAGAGGAAAUGCGACAACCCGCCGCCCGGUCCAGGAGGAAAAUACUGUCAGAAGGCCAGUGUUGAGCAUAAAGUGUGUGAGGGUCCGCCGUGUACAAAGGGUCUGCCUACAUUUAGAGACCAGCAGUGUCAAUCUCAUGAGCGACAAGCCAGUAAGAAGAGCCAGAUGUGGACAGCGGUCAUCGAUGAUGAAAAGCCGUGUGCUUUGUAUUGCACACCCGUCGGCAGUGAUUCCCCAGUGUUAGUGGCAGAACGGGUGCUGGACGGGACGCCAUGUGGACCUUAUGAGAGCGACCUGUGUGUGAACGGAAAAUGCCAGAAAAUCGGCUGUGACGGCAUCAUCGGAUCAUCUGCGAAAGAAGACAGAUGCGGCGUCUGCAACGGUGACGGCAAAUCCUGCAGGAUCGUCAAAGGAGACUUCAACCACUCCAAAGGAAUGGUCCCUCAUAGCCUUUGUAAGAAGGUUUCCACAUGCGUGAUGUCAAAACCCAGAGCUGUUCUCAAGUGUUUCUCAUGCUACAUCGAGGCGGCUGUGAUUCCAGUGGGAGCUCGGAGAAUCAAAGUGGUGGAGGACAAACCGUCACACAGUUUUCUGGCUCUGAAGGACUCCAGCAAGAGAUCCAUAAACAACGACUGGAAGAUUGAGCUGCCCGGGGAGUUUGAGCUCGCUGGCACCACGGUGCGCUACGUGAGGAGAGGAUUGUGGGAAAAGAUGUCCGCCAAGGGACCCACUAAAACUCCACUCCAUCUCAUGGUUCUGCUGUUCCAUGAUCAGACGUAUGGGAUCCACUAUGAGUAUACAGUGGCUCUGAACCACUCUCAGGAGAACAGCAGUGAUCUGGUGAAGGAGCCCGAGCACAUGUACCUGUGGACCCACAGCAGCUGGGAGGACUGCAGCGUGCACUGCGGAGGAGGAGAGAGACGGACUGUGGUGUCUUGCAUGAGAAUCAUCAAUAAGACCAUGACUCCAGUAAACGACAGCUCCUGUCAGGUGGAGAACAAACCCUCGCCUCAGAUCCGCCAGUGUAACAUCCACCCCUGCCAAUACAGGUGGGUGACUGGUGAUUGGACGCAGUGUUCGUUAACCUGUGGUAAAGGCUUGCAGCAGAGGGAAGUCGGCUGCAUUUACCAACUGCAAAAUGGCACAUAUAUUCCCACCAGAGACCUGUACUGUCUGAGCUCCAAACCGGCCAGCGUUCAGCACUGCGAGGGACGUCACUGCCUCACCGUGUGGGAGGCAUCCGAAUGGUCGCAGUGUUCCUCUGAAUGUGGACACGGCAGCAGGAGGCGGACGGUGACCUGCACUAAUCCUCAUGGUCUCUGUGACCCUGUGUCCCGUCCCGCUGAGGUGGAGGCCUGCGAGGACCACUCCAAAUGUUACGAGUGGAAGACCGGCGAAUGGUCCAAGUGCUCGUCAUCAUGUGGGCGGGGCUUGCAGUCCAGAGUGGUCCAAUGCAUGCACAGAGUGAGUGGUCGCCACGGCAGCGACUGUCCAGCAGUGCUGAAGCCGGCGACGUACAGACAGUGUCAUCAGAGCACCUGUAACGCCAGAGGGAACAUCAACACAAUCACCUCUCCAAGACUGGCUGCAUUGACGUAUAAGUGCGUGGGCGAUCAGUGGGCGGUUUACUGCAAGGUGAUCCGGGAGAAGAACCUGUGCCAGGACAUGCGCUGGUACCAACGCUGCUGCCAGACCUGCAGAGACUUUUACACCAACAAAAUGCCCCCCAAGAGUUAAUGAGCCCGGCACAGCCACACAUAGAGCUUUAUUUUUGCCUUUCUCAUUUGUACUGUUGAGAAUAAUGUUUUAUAUUCUUUUAAAAAGUUAUAAUGUGUAAAUGAAAGCAGCGGACAGACAUUUCCAAGCAGAACGUUUCUAACUAUGCAGAUUUUGAAGGCACUGAGGUUUGUCUCCACCUAAGUAUGUGUUGGCCGUGUGUUUGCGUACUUGAGUAACGUUUAGUUCUUGUUUUUGGACUUGAAGGUUUCUUGUUUUGCUGUAAUCCACUCUUUGCCCCUGGAAAUGAGUUUUUUAGUAUCAUGUUGCACUGUGGGUAAAGCUAAUUUCACCAGAUAUCCAGCUGAGGUUGCUUUUUUAAGGCCACUGGUUGGCCAUUAACUGAUGGACUUUAACAAUCUUUUGUCUUGCUUUUACUUUAAUUAUUUUACUAUUUUAGUAACUUCUGUUGUCAUGUUCGCUCUUGCACCCAAAACCUAGUGAGCUUUCUUGGUCCUUUAUUCCCUAUUAGUUUUGGAAUUUCUUUAUAAGCCAUAAAUAUUUGAAUAAAUUGGCAAAUAAACUUUUAACAAAUCAUAGGAGUCAAAUUUUGCCAAUAAGUUAAGAAUCAAAUGGAUUAUACACAGUGUAUAUAUAUAUAUAUAAUUGUUCUGUUUUUAAUCCAUCAGCUUGGAUGUUCUCUUUUUCCUGAACUUGUUGUAGUGCAUUUCAUUAAUGCAUUUGAUAAAUAAAUUUUUUACAUUGCACUUCAUGCAAGCUCCUUCCCUUUAAAGUGCCCCUAUUAUGCAUUAUAAUAGGUCAUAAUUUGGUUUUGGAGUCUCUAACAACAGGCUGAUCUGCAUGUAAGAUCAAAACACUUUCAUUGUUUUUUAAUAUGCAUCCCAACGACUCCCAUAUGAUUUGUUCCAAACCCCUCUUUUGUGUGAUGGUAAUCUGCUGUGAUUGGUGACUGGUGACCCAGUCUGUUGUGAUUAGUCCAGUAACCCAGUGUGUUGUGAUCGGUCCGUUGACCCAGUCUUUUGAGAUGGGUCCGAUGACCUAGUAUGUUGUGAUUGGUCUUAUGACCCAGUCUUUUAAGAUUGGUCUGAUGACCCAGUCUUUUAAGAUUGGGCCAAUGACCCUGUUGUAAUUGGUCCACUGACCCAGUUUUUUUUUACGAUUGAUCUGAUGACCCAGUCUCUUGUGAUUGGUCUGAUGACCUAGUCUGCUGUGAUGGGUCUGUUGACCCAGUAUUUUGAGAUGGGUCCAAUGACCCAGCCUGUUGUGAUUGAUCCGAUGACCCAGUUUUUUUGUGAUUAGACUGAUGACCUGGUCUUUGAGAUAGGCCCAAUGACUCGGUCUUUUGUGAUUGGUCCGAUGACCCGGUCUUUCGAGAUGGGUCUGAUGAUCCAGUCUUUUGAGAUUGGUCUGAUGAUCCAGUCUUUUGAGAUUGGUCUGAUGAUCCAGUCUUUUGAGAUUGGUCUGAUGACCCAGUCUUUUGACAUUGGUGCUAUAACCCAGCCUUUUGAGAUUGGUCCGAUGACCUAGCCUUUUGAGAUUGGUCCGAUGACCCAGCCUUUUGAGAUUUGUCCCAUGACCUAGCCUUUUGAGAUUCGUCCGAUGACCUAGCCUUUUGAGAUUGGUCCGAUGACCCAGCCUUUUGAGAUUUGUCCCAUGACCCAGCCUUUUGAGAUUUGUCCCAUGACCCAGCCUUUUGAGAUUGGGCCAGUGACCCACUCUUUUGAGAUUGGGCCAGUGACCCUGUUGUGAUUGGCCCAAUGACCCAGUCUGUUGUGAUUGGCCCAAUGACCCAGUCUGUUGUGAUUGGCCCAAUGACCCAGUCUGGUGUGAUUGGUCCCAUGACCCAGUCUGGUGUGAUUGGUCCAAUGACCCAGUCUUUUCUGAUUGGUCCAAUGACCCAGUUUGUUGUGCUUGGUCCAAUGACCCAGUCUGUUGUUAUUGGUGCCAUGACCCAGUCUGGUGUGAUUGGUCCCAUGACCCAAUCUGAUGUGAUUGGUCUAAUGACCCAGUCUUUUGUGAUUGGCUCAAUGACCCAGUUUGUUGUGCUUGGUCCAAUGACCCAGUCUGUUGUUAUUGGUGCCAUGACCCAGUCUGGUGUGAUUGGUCCAAUGUGCCAGUCUGCUGUGAUUGGUCCAAUGACCCAGUCUGUUUUGAUUGUGUCUAAAAACAGCUGGUUCAAGAAUCCAGUCUUUCUAAAGCCUAUCUUUCUGAGAGCCAGCUCUACUCUGAUUGGUAAGAUGGUGGGCACAUUCAGUUUUCAUUGGUCAAAAACAAAUGUUUAUUAAUUUCAACAUAUAUAUUUUAUAUAUUUAUAUAUUAUAUAUUUAGGUUGAUUUUACCUUUUGGAGUGGGAAAUCAUCACUAAACAGACUGUAAACUGGCAUCAUGCUGAUUUUAUUUUUCAAACUUGUACAGGAAGAAAGACUGGAAUUACAGACGAAUCAUUUCAUGCAUUUUCUGCACUUUGGACAUUUUUUAGACCUUACUCAUUCACCAAAAUUAAUAAAACAGUGACAAAAUAUAAGAUAUAAAAAGCAUACAUGGGGCACUUUAAGAAGGCUGGAAAUAUAAACACAAUUAUGGUGCUUGUUUUCUUUUUUUAUUUUGGAGCCUGACAAUCUUUUCUCACUGCACAAAUGAACAUUCUCAGAAAAGCAAACAGGCAAUACUGUUUUGGAAGAAAAAAAGAUUGUUUUUCGUUUUGUGGUGCACUGUUACUCUACGAUGUAGUGAAAUCAGGGUACAGAAAGUGUUGUGUAUGUGUGUAAUCUAUUAGUUUGGUGCUGCAGAGACACACUUGAUACACUUGCAAAUUUCUUUGUGAUCAAUUCUGUCUUCAUUUAUAAAAGAAUAAUGCCUUCAUUUAUUAUGUAAUUAUUGUAGUUCUCAUUUUGUGCAAUAGAGGCAGCACAUAUACAAACAUAUCCCAUGUAUACUGAAUAAUAACGACAACAUUUGUAGCAUAAAAAUGAUAAUAUGUGAUCAUGGACCACAAAACCAGAAACAUAGUCUGACAGUUCAGUAUAAUUUAGUUAUAAAGAAAUAAAUAAUCCAUUCAUGUAAGGUUUGUUAGGACUGGACAAUAUUUGAAUAUUUAAAUUUGAAGUAAAAAAACAAAAACAAAUACAAUUAUAAAGAAAAUCAUCUUUAAAGGUGACUUAUUAUGCAAAAAUCAAUAUUAUAAGGGGUUUAAACAGUUGUGUGGCAACAGUCUGUGAAUAUAACAAGCUUCUAGCAGUAAAUAUUUAUUUUAUGUUUUAUAAUAACCCUUGAUAAAAACAGGCUGCAGAAACACUGACACAUUCUCAGUUUGCACGUGUCAUUAGAUGGGAAAAGCCCCGCACAUAAGAUACAAUCUCUCCCUCAUUAGUAUCGUGUUAGUCUUGUCAUUGAAUCUGCCACUAUGCUGACACACAGGCAUUUGUAGCUCUACCCUCUUUUGAAAGGAGCACAAUCUCAUUUGAAUUUAAAGAGACUGUCACCAAAACGGCACAAUUAGGAUCAAAGCCUAAAAGAAACAGUUUCAAAGAGUUAUAAAUCAUUAUUUGAGUGCUAUUUUGAGCUGAAACUUCACAUACACAGUCUAGGGACAUAAUGAGGCUGGUUUUGUGCUCCAGGGUAACAUGUCUGGAUACAACUUACAUGAGUUUACAAGGUACUUCAGAUACAAGAGUCAGAAUGUGGCCAGAAAAUGUGAAACUUUAAGUUGCUAUUUCAUAAAAUAACCCAAUGGCUGGAGUUGCACAUGUGUGUGGGAGAGAGAGGCUCUGUUUCAAAAUCUACUGAGUCGCCUACAUAGGGAGAAUCAUAAAUGAAAUGAAGCCUAAUACGUGAAAAAAAUAAACUGUGCAAUUAUGCAACAAUAGCUAUGUUUCCAUCCAAAAAUCAAUAGGUCGGGGGGGUUCAAUUUCACUAUAUGAAAGUGUAUGUGACAGGUCUGAUUUGAUGCGUUUACGGGAGUCGCUUUUUGAAUGUUCCUUUCAUGAUCCCGUCUUGUUAUUGUACAUAGAUUGAUUAACGUCAUUGCGUCACCACACUAUCCAUGUUUCCUCCAGAGUUUCAUAUAAUUUCAGGUGUUUCAUUUUUAAUUUUUUGACUUUAACUGCCGUUUCACUUUCAUUCAGGAACAUUUCAUUCAUGCCCCCAUGACAAACAGGUAUUUGUUGCGAGCGUUAAGGACUGGUGGGAGAGUGCUCUUUCAAUGGAAUUUGAUACUGCACGUUAAAUUGAAAGAAAAAACCUCCGCAUUUCAUGACGCAGGUGUCUGUGGUCCUUUAAGGCAUGGCCGGUGCAUUCCUAGAGGCAACUUAGGCGGCCGCCUAGGGUGGCAGAAUAGUGAGGGCGGUGUCCCCCGGUCCUCCCUUUCAUGCGCGACACCCUUUCUCUUCCUCCAGGUCCUCACUUUCAUCCACGAAACGGUCACUUUUUUACUUUUGGGUUGAGGGCGGCAGUUCAGCUUGCUCCGGCCCUGCUUUAAGGUAAUAAAAAAAUCACAGUUUACAUGGUAGUCUAGACUCCUAAUCAGAGUAUUGAGUGCCAGAUCAGCUUGCUCCGGCCCUGCUUUAAGGUAAACUGUAAAAAAUCACAGUUUACAUAGUAGUCUAGACUCUUAUAGUAUUGUCUUAAUCACAUUAAAAUCGGAGCAUUGGUGUCCAUGUACAAACUCAUUGAAAGUGCCAGCUGAUGCCGCAAGCUUUCAGAGACAGUGCACUCCUCUGCCUUUAAGUUGAGUCCAUGAGCCCUCACAUGUGUCAUUGAGUUUGACGUGUUCCCCUCACAUGCAACUUUUGUAAAGCAUCUGCUUCACGUUGCUGUGUCAGAAUCCUUGCUUGUUGACCAGCUGACCACUUACCUCCAUGUGGACUGCUUUCCCGCAGUUUGUCUAGUGGCUCGGCAUGUACGUUGGAGAAUUUGAGAUGCAGAGAGAAGUUGACCAAGGGCUUUUCUUUUUUUGGAUUGCUUUUUCUGGAAAACGCUGUCAGUUGAGUUUAGGGAAGGAGGAGAGUAGGCCAGUCGAUCUGUCAGUCAGUCGACAAUGGCCUCUGGUGGAUUCGCAAAAACAAAAACCGCAAAAAAACCUAACUCCUGGGACAAAUUUGGCGCUCUCCAGUAUUGUAUAUAAGGGUACGGUAUCAGAAUGAGCCUGGCGUUGGGUUUGUCUAUUGAUGUGUCCCAUCGACGAUUUUUAUUACAUGAUCUGUUAAAAAAAAAUCAGGCAACUUUUUUUAAUGCGCAUGCUGUAAUUUCAUCCUGAUCUCACAAGGAAACGCAGCUAUUUUACAUUUUGUCAGUUUAGUAGCUAAUUCGUGAUGAGUUUAGUCAUAUGAAAAUGUUUUUUUAAACCCAAUCUUCAUUGGAGGAUCAGCAAAUCUUACUAAAUUGUACGAACGAGAUAAUACGAAUUCAUACAAAUUAGCCACUAAAUCAAAAAGAUAUGAAUUGCCGUGAGAUAGUGUUGGUAAUUUAUUCAAGUAAAUGUGUUUCCAUCAUAGUUUAUGCACAUUUUUUUUCAGAUAAAGUUUAUGCUAAUCAAUUUCAAAAGUUGUUAAUGUACAUUUUCAAAAUGUUUGCACAUCUUGGAAUUUCUAUUAAGCAUCUCUAAUAAUUAUUCAUUCAUUCAUUUUCCUACGAUUAAGUCUCCUAUUUAUCAGGGGUUGCCACAGCGGAAUGAACCACCAACUAUUUCAGCAUAUGUUUUACCGACGGAUACCCUUCCAACCACAACCCAGUUCUCGGAAACACCCAUACACUCUCUCAUUCACACGCACUCAUACACUGCGACCAAAUUAGUUGAUUCUGAUCACCUGUACUGCAUGUCUUUGGACUGUUGGGGAACAGAAGAACGAAGAAACCCAUGCCAACACGAGGAGAACAUGCAAACUCCACACAGGAAACUCGAACCAAUGACCUUCUUGCUGUGAGGCGACAGUGCUAACCACUGAGCCAGAGAGUAGUACUUUUAAAGUUCGUGGAUGAAAGUGAGGACCGGGAGGAAGAAAGAGGGUGUCGCGAAUCAAAGUGAGGACCAGGGGGGUCGCAGACACCGCCCUCACUGUUCUGCCACCCUAGGCGGCCGCCUAAGUUGCCUCUAGGGAUGCGCCGGCCCUGCCUUAAAGAACCACAGACACCUGCGUCAUGAAAUUAGUUUUUUUUUUCUUUCAAUUCAACGUGCAGUAUCAAAUUCCAUUCAAAGACCACCAGUCCUUGCUUAACGCUCGCACAAAAUACCUGUUUGUCAUGGGGGCAUGAAUGAAAUGUUCCUGCAUGAAAGUGAAACUGAUUUCAAAGUUUAAGUACUCGGAAACACCCAUACAGUCUCUCAUUCACACACACUCAUACACUGCGACCAAUUUAGUUGAUUCAGUCCACACAUACUGCAUGUCUUUGGACUGUUGGGGGAACCGAAGCACGAAGAAACCCACGCCAACAUGAGGAGAACAUGCAAACUCCACACAGAAAACUCGAACCAGUGACCUGCUUGCUGUGAGGCGACAGUGCUAACCACUGAGCCACCGUGCCCUCCUCUAUUAAACAUAUCUCUUCUUCAGCAAGGGAUAGUGUACAUAAAAUAGUUGGAUGGAAACAUAGCUAUUCACACACUCUCAUGCUCACUAGGCUUUGAAACAGUUCAUACAGUACGUGUGUUUUUAGACCUUGGCUUCAAUCUACCAAGGAUACAACUGGUGCUAGACACAUUUCACUACUGUGAAAUUCAGCAGUUUUCUCACAUUUUGUUCUUUCUGUAUGUAUUUAAAUGUUCUUUUUUUUUAUAUGUGUUGGGAUUAUUUAAUACAUAUUGUAACCAACUGCUUCUGUCAGAACAGUUUUUUUUUUGUGCAACUUCAAGUUCCAGGUAUAGUGAAUAUUGCUUCUGUAUUCCAGUACUGUAUGUCAGUAGUUGCUCACACGAUUGGUACUCAAACUGCCACUUUUGAUGGUGCUAAUUUGAACAUGUCGGAUUGUUCAUAUGAAAAUGUCAUUUUAAUAAAUUUAUAUCCUGUAUUAUCACA